GAAGCUGGAGUUUAAGACUGUGUGUGAUAUGAUUGUGUUCGGCAAGAACUUGUGUGCCGAGGAGGAAUGCCACAAUGAGAGGGAGGUUUUCUUUAGUCCAGGAAAUAAAAGAGUGAAAUCCAACUAUUUGAACAUAGAUCUUUUUUCAUCUCUGCAGGCAUUUCUUCACCGGAUCCGACAGAAUGCAGUGGACAAAGCUGAGAAGUACAUAACAGAGGAGAAUGUUAAGAUCUUAUUUUCUAACAUUGAAGACAUUCUUGGUGUUCACAAGGAGUUCCUGGCUGCCCUGGAAUUUUGUCUGCAACCAGAACCCCAGUCUCAGCAUGAAUUGGGAAAUGUUUUCUUAAAAUUUAAAGACAAAUUCUUUGUGUACGAGGAGUACUGCAGCAACCACGAGAAAGCACUCAGACUGCUGAUGGAAUUGAACAAGAUCCCAACAGUGAGAACAUUCCUUCUGGGUUGCAUGCUUUUGGGAGGCAGAAAGACAACAGACAUUCCACUAGAGGGUUACCUGCUGACUCCAAUUCAGAGAAUUUGCAAAUAUCCUCUUCUGCUCAAGGAAUUAGCUAAGAGGACUCCCUCUAAGCAUCCUGAUCAUCCAGCUGUCCAGAGCGCCUUGCAGGCAAUGAAGACAGUCUGCACAAACAUCAACGAGACCAAGAGACAGAUGGAGAAACUGGAAGCCCUUGAACAGUUGCAGUCCCACAUUGAAGGAUGGGAGGGGUCGAAUCUGACAGAUAUUUGCACACAGCUCUUGCUGCAAGGGACCUUGUUAAAAAUCUCAGCAGGAAACAUCCAGGAGAGAAUGUUCUUUCUAUUUGAUAAUCUCCUGGUCUAUUGCAAGAGGAAAUCCAGAGUUACUGGGAAAAAACCAUCUAAAAGGACAAAAUCAAUCAAUGGGUCCCUUUAUAUCUUCAGGGGCCGAAUAAAUACAGAAGUAAUGGAAGUAGAGAAUGUGGAAGAUGGAACAGCAGAUUACCACAGCAACGGCUACACGGURACAAAUGGCUGGAAGAUUCACAACACAGCCAAAAACAAGUGGUUUGUCUGUAUGGCCAAGACUGCAGAAGAUAAACAGAAAUGGCUGGAUGCUAUAAUCAAGGAAAGGGAGCAGAGAGAGAGUUUGAAACUGGGAAUGGAGAGGGAUGCCUAUGUCAUGAUUGCAGAGAAAGGAGAGAAGCUGUACCAAAUGAUGAUGAGCAAGAAAGUGAACCUUAUCAAAGAUAGGAGAAGAAAAUUAAGUACUGUUCCCAAGUGCUUUCUUGGCAACGAGUUUGUAUCCUGGCUCACUGAGAUUGGAGAGAUAAGCAAACCAGAGGAAGGGGUCAACCUGGGACAGGCACUGUUGGAAAAUGGAAUCAUUCAUCAUGUUUCAGAUAAGCACCAGUUUAAGAAUGAACAGGUGAUGUACAGAUUUCGCUAUGAUGAUGGAACAUACAAGCCAAGAAGUGAGUUGGAAGACAUCAUGUCCAAGGGGGUGAGGCUGUACUGCCGACUGCACUGCCUGUAUAAUCCAGUGGUAAAAGACCGUGACUACCACCUGAAGACCUACAAGUCAGUCAUCCCUGCAAGUAAACUAGUGGACUGGCUUAUUGCACAGGGAGACUGUCAGACUCGCGAGGAAGCUGUCGCUCUGGGUGUGGGACUGUGCAAUAAYGGCUUCAUGCAUCAUGUCCUGGAGAAAAGUGAAUUUAAGGAUGAGUCCUUAUAUUUCCGCUUUUAUGCUGAUGAGGAGAUGGAGGGCACCAGUUCCAAGAGCAAGCAAUUACGUAAUGACUUCAAGCUUGUGGAAAAUAUCCUGGGAAAGAAUCUUCUGAUUUUACCAGAAGAGGAUGACUAUGGAUUUGACAUAGAAGAAAAGAACAAAGCAAUUGUGGUGAAGUCAGUUCGACGAGGGUCUUCUGCUGAGAUGGCCGGCCUGCAAGCAGGAAGAAAAAUCUAUUCCAUCAAUGAGGAUUUAGUAUUCCUACGCCCGUUUUCAGAAGUGGAAACCAUCUUAUCCCARUCCUUCUGCUCUCGAAGGCCACUCAGGCUUCUGGUAGCCACCAAACCAAAAGAGGUUAUUAAAAUCCCAGAUUGUCCUGAAGCACUUUGCUUUCAGAUACGGGGAGCAGCACCACCAUAUGUUCAUGCAGUAGGAAGAGGUUCUGAGGCUGCAGCCGUAGGCCUUCAUCCAGGGCAGUGUAUUUUGAAAGUUAAUGGGAAUAAUGCAACACAUGGAAAUUACAAGGACGUUCUGGAGCACUUCACAGCCUACAGGACCAGGCAACAGGAAGUGUUGGGGUUGUACCAGUGGGUGUACAGAAGUCAUGAAGAUGCCGAAGAGGACAGAGUUCAGCAAGCAACAUCCCCUGCAUGUCUGAGUGGCAGUCGCCCGUGCUCCAGCAAAGACAAUCCUGCAGUAGAAGCAUGUGCAGAAUUGGAUCCCCCUCAAAGCAGCCAACAGGAAUCAGCCCAGACAACACAGACUGUUAUUUCUCCACUGGUCAUUGGUGAAGAAACCGCUCUCAUCAGCCUGACUGUGGAUAACACCCAUCUGGAGCAUGGGGUGGUGUAUGAAUAUGUCAGCAGUUCAGGAAUCAAAUCCUUUGUCUUGGAGAAAGUUGUGGAACCAAAAGGUUGCUUCAAUCUCACUGCAAAGAUUUUGGAGGCGUUUGCUGCAGAGGACAGUCAUUUUGUAAGGAAUUGCGAAAGACUCAUAUCCCUAAGCAGUGCUGUGGCCACCAUGCCCCAGUAUGAAUUCCGGCAAAUCUGUGACACUAAGCUGGAAAGCAUUAGCAGGAGGCUCACGAACUACCAAGAGUUUGCAGAAGAGUUGAAAACAAAGGUGAGCCCAGCCUUUAAACAAGCCAUUAUGGAAGCACAUUCCCUCAACAGCAUGGAUUUCUGCCCCACCAACUGCCAUAUUAACCUCAUGGAAGUAUCAUACCCCAAAAGCACUACCUCAGCAGGGCGAUCGUUCAGUAUUCGCAUUGGACGGAAACCUUCAAUUAUUGGUCUUGAUCCUGAACAAGGUACCUUAAAUCCAGUCUCAUAUACUCAACAUUGCAUCACUACUAUGGCGGCACCAUCCUGGAGAUGUCCUGCCCCAGAAGAUGGAGAUCCCGAUGGUAGCUUUGGCCAGCAGAAUGGAGGAACAAUUCAGGAGGAAAGGGGACUCAGUUUUCUGUUGAAACAGGAAGAUUGGGAGAUGCAGGACUCCUACUUGCACCUUUUUAACAAACUUGACAUCGCAGUGAAGGAAAUGAAGCAGUAUGUCAUUCAGAUAAAUAAACUUCUAUCCACCAUAACAGAACCUACAGAAGGUGGUGCCUCUGAGCCACCAUCUGCUGAGGAGAUAUCUUCACCCUCCCUGGGAACAGAGGAGAAUGAUCCCGACAAAGCUGAGCACGGUGGAAUCAAGAAGGUCUGCUUCAAAGUUUCUGAGGAGGACCAGGAAGACUCUGGACAUGACACAAUGAGUUUCAGAGAUUCCUACAGUGAGUGUAACAGUAACCGCGACUCGGUGCUGUCCUACACCAGCGUGCGGAGCARCAGCUCCUACCUGGGCAGUGACGAGAUGGGCUCAGGAGAUGAGCUUCCCAAUGAUAUGAGGAUACCUUUAGACAAGCAAGACAAACUUCAUGGCUGUCUGGAACACCUUUUUAACCAGGUUGAUGGAAUCAAUGCACUUCUAAAAGGACCAGGAAUAACUAAAGCCUUUGAAGAAACCAAGCACUUUCCAAUGGACCACAGUUUGCAAGAAUUUAAACAGAAGGAAGAAACCACAGUUAGGUGUCGGAAUAAUAUUCAAGCCAGCAUUCAGGAAGAUCCAUGGAACCUUCCAGUGCGCAUCAAGAACCUCAUUGACAUCAUACAGAAACAUGUGGAAGAUGGGAAGAAUCAGCUGCUUUUGGCCUUGUUAAAAUGCACAGAUACUGAGCUACAGCUGAGACGUGAUUCCAUCUUCUGUCAGUCUCUUGUGGCUGCUAUUUGCACCUUUUCAGAGCAGCUACUGGCUGCUCUCAACUGUCGAUACAACAACAAUGGCGAAUAUGAAGAGAGCAGCAGAGAUGCCAGCAGAAAAUGGCUGGAACAGAUAGCAGCCACUGGAGUUUUAGUGAACUACCAGUCUCUUCUCUCCCCCACCGUGAAAGAGGAGCGCACCAUGCUGGAAGACAUUCAGGUCACUCUGGCUGAACUAGACAAAGUUGCCCUAUUUUUCAAGCAGCUUGAUGAAAAUCUUGUAGCAAAUACUCAUGUCUUCUACCACAUCGAAGGAAGUCGUCAGGCCUUGAAGGUUAUCUUUUAUCUUGACAGCUUCUACUUCUCCAAACUGCCUGCUCGGUUUCAGAAUGGGGGAACCUUGAAACUGCACACAGUGCUCUUUACAAAAGCUCUGGAGAGUAUGGAAGGGCAAUCACAACCAGCUGGCUCAUCUCCAGAAGACCUCCCACAGCAAAUUAAUGGAAUUUCACUUGAAAAAGUGCAGCAAUAUUACCGUAAACUCAGGACAUUUUACCUAGAGAGAUCAAACUUGCCCACUGACUCCAAUACUACUGCAGUGAAGAUUGACCAGCUUAUUCGCCCUAUCAAUGCAAUGGAUGAGCUUUGCAGGCUGAUGAAGUCUUUCAUUAGUACAAAAGCAGUGCAGUCAGGAUGUUCCAGCAGUGCCACAUCAGGAGCUGGCCUGCUGCCCAUAUCCUCUGAGCUCUGCUACCGGCUGGGAGCCUGUCAGAUCACCAUGUGCGCCACCGGAAUGCAGAGGAGUACACUGAGUGUCUCCCUGGAGCAAGCAGCCGUGCUGGCUCGCAGCCACGGACUCCUGCCCAAGUGCAUCAUGCAAGCUACAGACAUCAUGCGAAAGCAGGGACCAAGGGUUGAAAUCUCUGCCAAGAAUCUGAAAGUAAUGGACCAAAUGCCACAGUGUGCACCUCGACUCUACAGGUUGUGCCAGCCGCCUGCAGAUGGGGAUUUCUAGAAGGGAGAGGCCCCUCCUGGCAGCCCCAGGAGCCCCACAGGGCUCUGAGAGCCCUGGCCCAGGAGCCACCGCUGGACCCAAUGGUGCUCCUGUGCUCGGGAGGAGAGGGCACCAGAAAUCUGCCUUUGAACUCCUGCAGCCCAUGGGGGAUUCGUGUCUUUCUUUGACUUCUUGAAGAAAUUCUUGAAACAGAUACCACAGGCAAGAAUGGAUGCUGCUGCCAUUUGCCAGUUGCCUGGACAAGGACUGUUAUUCUUCAGGAACGUGUGGUUUUAUUGGUGACUUGUUUGUGCAACCACCUGCAAGUUGUGGACUGCAAGAUAACUUCGUAGUUCAGAAAAUCCUGAUGGACACAUUCCUCUCUCCCUGUAUUGCACCUGGCAUCCAUUUAACUGCCAGCAGGAUUUUGGUCAAUGCUCUUUAGCAGUAGCCUCCAUAAACGCCUCUUUUUCAUAAACUGACCUGCACUUUUCAGCAAAGAACAGCACAAUCUAUGUUUUUUUUCAAAUAGGAACAUAAAGAAUUUCUUCUGGAAUAAUUUUCCAGUUCAGCCCAGUGAGAGAAUCUCUCUAUGCUGCAGAAUAUGCAUUUCAUAAUACUUACCAUUACUUCAUUUUACUUACUGUAGCUUUCAAGUUUUUGAUUAACUCUUUUUACUAAUGCCCUGUGAUUAUGUACUCCGGAAUACAAUGCUAGUGAAGAGCAGUGUAGGAUUUUUAGGAAAACUUUACAAAGAAAAAAAUACAGUCUUACAAUCUGAUUAUUUGAACAGAUGUAGUUUUUAAAACAGAUCAGAAGAACUAUACUUAUUUAUGUGGAGUGGAAUAAUAUUUGUUUUCGAUCAUGUUAUUAUAUAUACAAGAUUAAAAUAAAAAUUAUAUUGUUUUAAAUGGGACCAAUAUGCUGGCAGUUUCACAGCUACUCCCAGUUUACUGAAAGAAAUCUACAUUAUUUAAAACCUUCAAUAUUUAAGCAGUCUUUAAUACAGUCGUUAAGAUGUAUUAGGGAUGCUUUUAAGUUAAAAGAAAAAAAGGAACUGUAUAUAUAAUGUGCUUUAUUUUUUCUUGUUUGAAAAUCGUUCUCCAUUCUGUCAGUAUUACCCUAAGCACUGUAAUUUUUUCCAAAUUACUGGCUGAAACUAAUCAAAGCAUGUCAGCAGUCUCAGGACAGAAAUAAUGUUCUUUUGGAGUGAGUGCCUUAACAUGACCAACCCUCCCUAACCUAGCAGGUGUACAGGAAAGUUCCCCUUUGCUCUGUUUCUCCACAGCCUCCUUUAAACCAGCUGCAGUCAGGAGAGCCAGGAGUGCUUUGCAGUAAUGUACAUUUUAGCAAAUAAAGGUUUGGGGGGUUUUAUUUGUGUUGUUGUCUGUUUUAAAAAAUUUCUUACUUUUAUCUGUUUCCUCUGACCUAGAGCAACUUGUUAAAGGGAACAAGAAUAGCCCCUGGAUUGCCAGCUGUGGGAUACAAGGAUUUGGUGCUAGGUGUCGGUUCUGGACUGCAGCCAGACAAGCAGAUCACUAUUUCAAUGUGCUUUUUGUUAAUUUUGGAGAAGUUACUCUUACCAUUUGGUAUUUGAAGAAGAAAUGGAUGUUUCUGCACUGAAUCCUCAAUAUAAAAUGUACUUAGUACUGUAAGAACUAAGGAAUAGGAAGUCCCGAAAGUAAAAAAGAACCCAUCAGGUGUCCCUAUCAGCUGUGCUCCCUGCUGCAGCCUGCGCUAUCCAGGGGCAUUUACACUGUGCACUGGUUUACACUGAAAUGUGUAUGUUAUUCUCACUGAAAACCUGAUAGAAGUUUUUAUUAUUAAAAGUUGGUUUAUCUUACAAGGAAAGAAAGUAUGAGCUUAUUUUCUGUUACACCCUUUAGUUCUUAGCCCUGCAUUCUGGUAAGCAGUAUAUCAAGUUCUGGUACACUUGCAUGGUGAGGGGAGGAGUCAGAAGUUUAAAUGGUAAGGGGAAAGCUGGGUUUGAAUUCAGCUCAAGCUGGCAGUGUAGAGCUGAACUCUUCCUGUUUGUGCAGUCCCCUAAAGCUGUGGGGGAGAGAUCACAGGCUCCUGUUAAGGUAGAAAAGAAAAUCUGGUUUAAUCCUGUAAAAUUGUGGGGUUUGAAUCCUGUGCUGGGAAAGAACAGACUCAAGUGGAAAAAGAAGAGGGCAAUGCACAAACCAAUCUGCAAGCAAAUAGAUAUUAGGUCUGCAGAAUUUCCAGGACUAAAAGUGAAGUAAGAAUCAAGCCUGGCACAACAGAACAAGUCCAUGUUUUGUAGAUUUAGAACAUCUGAUACAAUGGAAGUAUGGGAAAUGUGGAAAAUGGUCAGGAUGUAGAACAUGGUAACUAUAGCAGCUUGGUGAUGAGGUAUAUGGGGCUGGGUGGCAGCUGUGAGUGGAAUUUCUUAUGUAUGUGUCUUAUUACUGAAUUUGCUAAAAAUUUUCAUUAACCACUGAAUCACAGAUAUUAGCAGGCUGAGGUGAUGCUGAUUUGGGAGACACUAAUCUUGCGGGGGAUCCUGGUACACACACAGAAAAAUGCUGAAGGACUUCCAGCGCUGAAGGGGAUGAAAUGAGUGGGCCUAAAUGUUCCAGUAAAAAUGUUAGCUCAUGCACUUGAAGACUGAACAAAAUAUUUUGCUGUUAUUUCUUGUUAAUUGGUAGUUAAAGGACCAUUUCACAAGAUGACGCAGAAGCAAUUUGAUAGAAUCAUGAAAGCUCAGCCUACACUAGGAGACAAGCGGUCAAUUAUGAUGGAGAAAUAUUCAAACCUCUCUGCUGAGGCCAAAUAAUUAAGUGAAAAUGCAGUAGCUAGGUGUUGAGGAAAACAGAUGCCUUUGUAAGAAAAUGAUAAUGAGAAAGGUAAAGACAGUUCAAUCUGAACAUAAAUACAGCCUGAAGGAGAAAAAGGGGUAGAAGUGAUCAGGGAUAAAUAUUGUCUGAAAGCUUUUCCUCCAUCAGGCUCUGACAAAAAAAUGAAGUAGCUUGUACAUAGCAGGUUGUAAAGGCUGAAGCAGUGCCUGGUGCAGCAGGAGAUCAUGCAAACUUCAACUUCUGAUUAUCAUGGAUUCUCUGAGGAGCUAAAAGGUGAGAAACGUGAAACUGGUCAGUGUAGAAAAUGUAAACUGAACUUGUAAACAUUGCGAAAAGUUAAU